AACUUUGUGAUCGGCUCGAUUCUGAACUUAUUUAUCUCCAUCACAACUAAAAUCAGUUUAUACAGUUGUUCAAUAUACGCUGCUGCUAUGUUUUCGUAUCAGACAGAUUAGUGAUCAGCCAUGGAGACCCCCGACUGGCCGGAGUUACCGGAGUGUCCAGUAUGCCUCCAGUACUACGACGGCGCGUGCACUAUACCCCGCGUGCUCCCCUGUGGCCACUCAGUUUGCGAAGCUUGUGUAAGCCAGCUUCCUAACCCUUUCCCUCAAACAAUUCGCUGCCCAGCUUGUACUCAACUCGUCAAAUACCCACAAAACGUAUCAUCUUUACCCAAAAACAUAGACUUGUUGCGCCUCUCUUCUCUUCUGCAAAACCCAGAAAAGCCCAUUUCGCCAAAACCCAAAAAGGCCAUUAAAGAGUUGAGUGAGAAAGAUGGUGCUUUUAUGCCCAAUUUGUGGAGUCGAGAGUUUUAUAAUUCUUGGAAAGAUUGGAUUUUGAGUGAAGAUUGUGUUGUAAUUGAUGAAUUUGGGGGUGGUGGAGGUGUUUUGAGGGGAAAGGUGGGUGCUUUUGAGGGUUUUCUUGGAAUGCCCUCCAAGUGGUUGAUGAAGGAGAAUGAUGUUGUGGGUUUGGUGAAAGUUGGGGGUUUGUUGAAUGAUGAUGAUGGUGAGGUUGUUUAUAGUUAUGUAGGGAAGAUUAUGAGAGUUUUGUGUGGGAUGAGUGAUAGUGAGAGAGAUGAGUUGGGGUUGAUUUUGGGAAGUAGUUUGAAGUGGAGUAGAGUUUGUAAGGUUUUCGGGUUGUGGUAUAAUAAGGAUGAUCAGGGUGUGUAUGUAGUGUGUGAGAGCCAUGGUUGUAAGGUUUUGGACAAAUUGGAUGGUUGGGAGAAGGGGUUUAGUGAUGAAGAUGACGAGGAUGUGGGUUUGCGUAGGGAUGCUAUUUUGGGAGUUUUGAUGAUUGGAUUGGAGAUAUGUGAAGCAGUGAUGGGUUUGCAUUCAGAAGGAUUGAGUUUUGGUUCUCUUGGUUUGUCUUGCUUUAGUUUUGAUUGUUUUGGUCAUGCUUGUGUAGAAAUUCUUGAGGUGAUGACUAUGGGUGCAAGCUUAAAUAAGAUGUUUGCGAGUGCUUUGUCAAGCAAACAUAAAAAUGAUCGCGAAGAAUUGGAAAUUAUAAUGAACAGGUUUUUGUUUGAGGGGUUCACAUUUGUUAGCCCAGAGUUGUUUGUCGAGUUAUUGCGAAGAGGGGGUGCUAAUGUGGGGCCCGGCUUUCAAAGAUAUGCUGUUGGGUAUGGUUCAGAUGUUUGGUCUUUGGCUUGUGUUGUAAUUUGUUUUCUUGUUGGGAAACCAUUUAUUGAAGAGUUGCAUAAUUAUAUAUGUUGCCUUAUUCUAUUUUUUAACGAUAAAGAGAAUGUUAAUUGUGAGGUCAUGUACAAGGGUUGGUUGGAUAAAGUUAAGACCUUUUUAGAUACUAGAUUGAAGUUGGAAAGUAUGUCACUGAAGGACCUUCUUAUCAGAUGUUUGGCUUUUAAUUCAGAAAUGAGACCAGAUGUAGUAGACAUCUGGAAAUGCAUUAGGAGCAUGCUAGUUGAUCCAGAAUUUCAUAUGGUUGUCAGUUUGAGGCAGACAAUGACAAAGGGGAACAUGAAUCACUGCUUGGUUCUCGGAAAAAUUUGUCAUCUGAUAUACACAAUUAAGGAAGUGCCAGAAAACCAGAUUAUAAGUGUUGUGCAGGGAAAAUGUGAAGUUCUUGAACAAGUAACAAAUUUGAGGAUUGACCGGGAUCUCACUGCGGAUCUUCCUGAGGGUCAUGUUAAAAGCAUUGAUUUGCAUGGCCAUCUUGAUUGCAUCACAGGAUUGGCUGUUGGAGGAGGAUUUUUGUUCAGCUCGUCAUUUGAUAAAGCGGUUCAUUUGUGGUCACUGGAGGAUUUUACUCACAUACAUUCCUUUAAAGGUCAUGAGCACAAAGUCAUGGCUGUUGCUUUUGUGGAUGAAGAGCAGCCAUUGUGUAUAAGCGGUGAUAAUGGUGGUGGUAUCUGCAUAUGGGAAAUUAGUAUUCCAUUUGGAGAAGAACCGAUUAAGAAGUUGGUUGCGGAAAAGGAUUGGCGUUAUAGUGGCAUUCAUGCUCUGACUGUGUCUGGCAGCGGGUACUUCUAUACUGGCAAUGGGGACAGGUCAAUAAAAGCCUGGUCGAUGCAAAACUAUACUCUGGCAUGUACGUUGACUGGUCAUAAAUCAGUUGUUUCUACAUUAGCAGUUUGUCAUGGUGUGCUAUAUAGUGGAAGCUGGGAUGGAACAGUGAGACUAUGGUGUCUUAGUGAUCAUAGUCCAUUGACAGUUUUGGGGGAAGAUUCGCCUGGAAACAUGGCCUCUGUUUUAUCUCUUUCUGCUGAUCAGAAUAUGCUGGUUGCAGCCUAUGAAAAUGGACACGUAAAGGUCUGGAGGGACAACCUCCUUGUUAAAUCUACAGCUGCACAAGAAGGUGCAGUUUUUUCCGUUUGCAUGAAAGCAAUGUUGAUCUUUACAGGCGGUUGGAGCAAAACUGUCACGAUACAGCAAGUUCAGGGAGACAAUAAUUUAACGGAUGUCAUUCCUAUUGGCUCUAUUGCUUGCAAUUCUGUCGUAACGGCUUUGUCAUACUGGCAAGGAAAGCUCUUUGUUGGACAAGCUGACAGAACAAUUAAGGUAUAUUAUUACAAAGUGUGAUGAGAGUGACAUUCAUAUUCUGUGGAUGAUAUAUAUGAUCAAGUCAGACUUGUGUUUAUGCACACUGGGCUAUGGCUGUUUCACUUUUAAGGGAGGAAGAUGAGAGAUGAAAUGCUUGGAGUACCCGAAUGAAAUUCAAGAAUAUAUUUUUGACCAUGUUAUCGCUUAUCCAGCAUAACAGUAACAUGGAUUCACCGGUAUAAAAGAAUUUUAUAAUGUUAUACAGCCUAAACAAUAAUGAUGUAUGUGUAGGUAUUUUGUGUAGCUUGAGAUUUUUUUUAAUGCUGUAUAUAUUCCUUCUUUACGACACCCUUGUAAGUAUAGCCUUCUUUGUUUUGCUUUCAAUUAUAGCCUUUUUGAUACAAUGAUGUUUAAUACGCACCCGGCCAUGUACAUCAGCGACAACUUGAUCAAUUUUGUUGCAUACAAUUUGGAUUUUGUAUUUUUUAAAUUAUAAAAAUCCGAAUGCUAUGUGUGUUGGAAGAAACAAGUGAGGUUAUUUUUUUUUCCCUGAUUAGUUAGAUUAAUUUGCAUAUUGCUUACA